UAGGACCUUGGUUUUAGAGAAAAAAUUGUAUGUUUGAGACGGGUCGAGCGUGCAAAUACAUGAAAUUUUCAAUUUAUCUGUAGGUACAAGAUCCACAUCAUGUCGUAACCAGCAUGUCGUAGAAUCAAAAGUGCAAUGACAUCUGCCAAUCUAAACCAUGUGGUAGGAACUGGGAAAAGUUGCAGUGGGAACAUAUUAUAUGGGCUGAUUAUGAGUGUAAUAUCUGAUUCAGUACCUAAAUUUAGGAUAGUGUGAUAUAGACUACUCUUUGAGUAGUAUUAUGCUGUCUUCAAUGAACGCAGACAUUUUUCAAUUUGUCAUUUGAAAUGUCAAUGUCGUUUUCGAUACAGAGAUUGUUUGUGCCGGUUCUGGCGGUUAACAAUAAGGGUAAUUUAAGAGUUAAAUUAAAUACUUCAAAAUAUAAAUAAAACUAAAUAAUUGUCGACACCAAAAUGGUACAAAAUGAUAAUGGUUGGUCUCCUGACGACACUUUGCGCGUCUUAAUCGCAUCUGAUAUCCAUUUGGGAUAUCAAGAAAACGACGCCGUACGUGGUGAUGAUAGUUUUAUAGCUUUUGAAGAAGUUCUAUCCUCAGCUGUUCAGUAUGAUGUUGACUUCAUACUGCUUGGAGGAGACCUGUUUGAUCAUGCCAAGCCAUCGCCGAGUUGCAUGUACAAAUGCACAGAAAUCAUUCGCAAGUAUUGUUUCGGCGAUAAGCCUAUAAAUAUUGAAGUAUUAUCUGAUCAAUUAGAAAACUUUUCAAGGAGCGUUAAUUAUGAAGAUCCCAAUUUAAACGUGUCAUAUCCGAUAUUGUCUAUUCAUGGAAAUCACGAUGAUCCAGUCGGUCAAGGCAGUGUCAGCUCUCUCGACAUUUUAUCUAUUACUGGGCUAGUCAAUUAUUUCGGCAAAUGGACUGAUUACACGAAAGUCCGGAUAUCUCCAGUGUUAAUUCAAAAGGGUGAAACAAAAUUAUCUCUUUAUGGAUUGAGUCAUUUGAAAGACCAGCGUCUUGCUCGUUUGUUUGCAGAAAAAAAGGUUGAAAUGGAUUUAAUGGAAAAUGGAGCAGACUGGUUCAACAUAUUUGUGUUACAUCAAAACAGAGCUGAUAGAGGUCCCAAUAAUUAUAUUUCUGAAAAUGUGUUGCCUAAAUUUUUAGAUCUAGUUAUAUGGGGACACGAACAUGACAGUCAGGUAUUCCCAAUGAAAGAUGUAAAAAGGGAUGAUGAGGGCUUCUUUGUUAUCCAGCCUGGCAGCACUGUGGCUACCUCUAUGGCAGCUGGUGAGGCCUUACCAAAACAUUGUGCAUUGUUACAGCUGCACAAAAAAGAGUACAUAGUCACACCUAUUCCUUUAAAAACUGUGAGACCAUUCAUAUUUAAAACAAUUGUGUUAUCAGAGGAAAAUUUGGGUGAUGGAGAUGUUAAUGAAAAUGAAAAAGUACAAAAUUUCUUGAAAGUAAAAGUGAAUGAGGCCAUCGCUGAAGCAGAAAAACUUAGAAGUGGAGAUCCAAAACAACCAACCUUGCCUCUCGUCAGGCUCAGUGUUUUCUAUGAAAGAGAUGAGCAGGAUUUUAACCGUGUUAGGUUUGGCCAAAAUUUCAAUGGUCAAGUUGCAAAUCCUAAUGAUUUAUUAAUCAUGAAAAGAGAAAAGAAAAUACGUGAUAAAAAGGAGAGAAUCUGUGAAGAGGAUGAUACAGCUCAUGUGGAAGUUACAUCGGAAGUAACUGAUGUUGAAACGCUUUUACAAGCUUACUAUGAUUCUCAACCACCUGAAAAACAGUUGUCUGUUUUGUCAGUUCGUGCUGUUACUGAAGCCAUUAAAGAUUUCACAUUAAAACGUGAUGACGACGUCUUCCGUCGCGUUCUCGAUGCGCAUCGGCGCCGAUGUGUCGAAUCGCUUUUGGAAUCUACAGCUGAAACUGAGGAAGAGAUGAAUGAACGUAUGCGCAUGUGUAAAGAAGCCCUAGACGCGGCUGAUGCCGAUCAGUUGAAGAGUUUAAUAGAUGCAGCGAGUGCGAAAGAAGAGGCAAAGCGUAAAGAUGAGAAGCAGUUGAUUGUUCUCGUGAAAAGGGAGUCUAUAGUUGUUUCGAGUGAUGACGAAAGCACGUUUCCGGGACGGGGUCGCGGUAGAGGCUCGCGUGGAGGGCGUGGCCGCGGGAGAGGGAGGGGUCGAGGCAAGUCGCCGCAAGCCGCGCCGCCGCCGGUGCCCGAGCGGCGGACGCCCAAGCGUUCAGCGGCACAGAAAACUACAUCCUGGCUCCAAACUCUCACUAGCGAUCGCACGUUACGCCGUCGUAAAGACUCUUCCGAAAUUGAAAUCUCUGAUUAGUAUAUAAUAUAUACUACGCAACUUAUAAGUAUUCAUAUUUAGGAUUAUUGUAAAAAUUAUAAUAUCUUGAAUAUUUAGAUGUAUAAUUUUUUGGUAAAAUUGUGAUUUUUCUUAUUAUGUGAAGUAAAAAUUUGCAUUACAUUGUGUUAAACAUA